CAGCGUCCUUCCCCUAAACCCCGGCUGUUCGUGGCGUGUGUGAGCGUGUGUGCUCCUGAGCUUGCCUCGGCACACAUCUUAUUAUAAAAAAUUAAAAAAACAAAAAAAAUUACAAAAAACAAAAAUAAGAAAAAAUCUUUUUGUAACUAAACUCGGUGAAGCAAGAAUACGUAGACUGGACGAUACAACACGCAAAAACAACGAUAACCGAAUCAAAGCGACCUGGCUAGUUAGCUGGCUAACGUUACUAAGGGGAAGGCCUACCUGAAUUUUAGAAUUGCGUAAAGAUUUUAGCUAGUAAGAUAACUAGCAUCCUUGUAUCCUAGGUAUCCUUGUCAGACAGACCAAGACAGACCAAGACCAAGUCAACGUCAAGUUUUUAGAUUUUUAUUUUUGAAACUGAAUGCGGAUAGCAGACUAAUUACUACCAACCGCACGUUUGUGAGAAGCCGACAAUUUAAGGAAUUACUUUGCUGGCGAACAAAAAUUUUACCUGGGAAGAUAAGCUUGGCUGGCAAACAUUUGCCUACGCAUUGUGUGAAGUUAGCUUGAUAGAUAUAUAAUUAGCAUAUAGCCAAGUCUUGUAGUUUUGUCAUUUAGGGACCGAAUUUUGCAUGUCGGGUUGAUUCGUUUAUCUUUAAUUAAAACAAAAGUUACGCUAUUAUUACGGUACUAGUUGUCACUCUAAAUUUGUAACGGAACACGCAAGUGAAGAUGAAUCCAAGUGCUCCCAGUUACCCGAUGGCCUCCUUGUAUGUUGGGGAUCUUCACCAAGAUGUCACUGAAGCCAUGCUGUAUGAGAAAUUUAGCCCCGCCGGGCCCAUCUUGUCUAUCCGGGUGUGCAGAGAUAUGAUCACUCGGCGUUCUCUUGGAUAUGCCUAUGUCAAUUUUCAGCAGCCUGCCGAUGCCGAGCGUGCUCUGGACACCAUGAAUUUUGACGUAAUCAAGGGCAGGCCCGUCCGCAUCAUGUGGUCUCAGCGCGACCCGUCCCUGAGGAAGAGUGGAGUGGGCAACAUAUUCAUCAAGAAUCUCGACAAAUCAAUUGACAACAAGGCUCUCUAUGAUACCUUCUCUGCCUUUGGCAACAUCUUGUCCUGUAAGGUGGUUUGUGAUGAGAAUGGCUCAAAGGGCUAUGGCUUCGUGCACUUUGAGACCCAGGAGGCUGCCGAAAGAGCCAUUGAGAAAAUGAACGGCAUGUUGCUCAAUGACAGAAAAGUGUUUGUCGGUCGCUUCAAGUCUCGCAAAGAGCGUGAAGCCGAGCUCGGAGCCAGGGCCAAGGAGUUCACCAACGUCUACAUCAAAAACUUCGGUGAUGACAUGAAUGACGAGAAGCUGAAAGAAAUAUUUGGCAAAUACGGGCCGGCCCUGAGCAUCCGGGUCAUGAUGGACGAUAGCGGCAAAUCCAAGGGCUUCGGCUUCGUCAGCUUCGAGAGGCACGAAGACGCGCAGAAGGCCGUGGACGACAUGAACGGGAAGGAGAUGAACGGCAAGCUGGUGUACGUGGGCCGCGCCCAGAAGAAGGUGGAGCGGCAGACGGAGCUGAAGCGCAAGUUUGAGCAGAUGAAGCAGGACAGGAUGACCCGCUACCAGGGGGUCAACCUGUACGUGAAGAACCUGGACGACGGUCUCGACGACGAACGGCUGCGGAAGGAAUUCGCGCCCUUUGGAACGAUCACCAGUGCAAAGGUGAUGAUGGAGGGCGGCCGCAGCAAGGGCUUCGGCUUCGUCUGCUUCUCGUCGCCGGAGGAGGCCACCAAGGCGGUGACGGAGAUGAACGGGCGCAUCGUGGCCACCAAGCCGCUGUACGUGGCGCUGGCGCAGCGCAAGGAGGAGCGGCAGGCCCACCUGACCAACCAGUACAUGCAGCGCAUGGCCAGCGUCCGCGCCGUGCCCAACCCCGUCAUCAACCCCUACCAGCCCGCCCCGCCCUCCGGAUACUUCAUGGCCGCCAUCCCGCAGGCGCAGAAUCGAGCUGCGUACUACCCCACCAGCCAGCUGGCCCAGCUGAGACCCAGCCCCCGCUGGGCGACCCAGGGCGUGAGACCCCAGCAUUUCCAGAACAUGCCCAACGCCAUGCGGCCCUCUGCGCCCCGCCCCCAGACCUUCAGCAGCAUGAGACCCGCCGCCUCCCAGGUGCCCCGCAUGAUGACCUCCCAGCGAGUCGCCACCCAGGCCAUGGGGCCCCGCCCCUCCAGCGCCGCCGCCGCCGCGGCAGCCCCCGUGCGCGGCGUCCCUCAGUACAAGUACGCCGCCGGAGUGCGCAACCCCCAGCAGCACCUCAACACGCAGCCCCAGGUGGCCCUGCAGCAGCCCGCCGUCCACGUGCAGGGACAGGAGCCCCUCACCGCCUCCAUGCUGGCCGCUGCGCCUCCCCAGGAGCAGAAGCAGAUGCUCGGCGAACGGCUCUUCCCCCUCAUCCAGAACAUGCACCCCAGCCUGGCGGGGAAGAUCACCGGGAUGCUGCUGGAGAUCGACAACUCCGAGCUCCUGCACAUGCUGGAGUCGCCCGAGUCCCUGCGCUCCAAGGUGGAUGAAGCAGUCGCUGUGCUGCAGGCCCACCAGGCCAAAGAGGCCGCUCAGAAAUCCGUGACCAACGCCCCCGGCGUUCCAACUGUUUAAGGACCAGAUGACUCAACUUGCUUCACCGAGGAGAAAAAAAUUAAACAUCGAAAAAAGUUAAAACACUUAAAACAUUGCAAAAAGAAAGAAAACAGUCUCUAAAAAAAGGAAAGAAAUAUGAUUGAUUCAGCCAGGUCUAGAGAAGCUCAAACCUAGGCCUAGUUAAUAAAAUUAUAAAAAUGGAAAAAAAAAAUGAAAACGAUAAAAAAUGGAAGGUUGGAGAUAGAAAAAUGAUUCCAUUAAAUGAAAAAAUGAAAGCAUUCCUUUUUAUUCCUUUUACUGUGUGAAUGCCUGAAAUAUGGUGGGAGAGAAAGCGGUGAAAACCGAUAGCUCAGCAUUGAAGUAAUUUGGAUUGAAACCUGCUUGCUUUAAUAAAACUGUUAAAAAUGA